CACCGGCCUCGCCAUUGCUUGCUUGUCGCAGAGCAGAGCUCGCCGAGGGAGAGAAGCAGAAGGAGAGAGAGGGAGAUUGAAAGAUGCCAAUGGAGAGGUCGGUGUCGUGCGCGGAGAGGGGCAGCGUGUACGGCGGCGCGGCGGAUAUCCGGAGCUACAGCGCCAGCUACGCGCGGCCGGCGGCGGCGCAGGCGUCGUCGAGGGUGGUGAAGCGCGCCCGGAGCGUGAGCUCGUGGGCGCGCCCGGCGCCGCCGCCGGUGCAGCGGAGCGGGAGCACCAAGAGCGUUGCCGCCGGCGGCGGGGGCGCCCGCCCGACCCCCGGUCUGAACCUGCGGUCCUACAGCGCGUCCUACGCGGCCUCCUACGGGCCCACCAUCACGGCCGACGGCGGCGGCGGCGGCGGGCAGCUGAAGCGCUCCGGCAGCGUCACCAACUGGACCUCCGCCAACCGCCGGUCCGUGAACCUCCGCGGGUACACCCCGUCCUUCGCCGCGCUGGACGACACCGCCACCGCGGUCCCGGCGGCCAAGAAGGCGGCGGCGCUGGACGACGCCGAGCUGCAGCGGAGGAAGCGGCUGGUGAUGUACAAGACCUACGACGUCGAGGGCAAGGUCCGGGAGUCGGUGCGCCGCGGCGUCACCUGGAUCAAGGGCAAGUGCUCCCGCGUGGUGUACGGCUGGUGGUGAUGAUCGAUCGCUCCGUCGUCGUCCUUUCCACCGGCCGAUCAUCUCACCACGCCGCCGCGCCAUCGCCGGAUCUCCGCCGAGCCACCGGCCGAUCAUCCUGUUCAGAGUGUACUGCCUGUGAGUUGAGCGUUUCUUGAUACCUUUUAUGUUCUUGGAGCUAGGAUUUGAUUUUAGUUUUUAGGAGGUCGAUCGAUUUGGUGGCAUGUAUAUAGCAUGAGCAGUGGAGGAGCUCCUCUUUGGGAGGGAGGGUAGAGAGGGUGUGGGUGGUGGCUUGGUUGUUGGGAUGACAGAUUCCAAAGAGAAUGCUCCAGCAUGUGUUGUACAGAUAUCACCUUUCCAGUGUACUUGCUACUUACUAGCAGUUUCUGGUUCAUGUAAUUUAGGUACUAUACACAUAUAUAGAAUAAGUUUUUGUAAAUUACUACUGCUACAUGUAUAUUAUGAUAUAUACUUAUGUAUAUAUUUCUAGGCUUGAUGCAAA